AUGGAAGCUAAUCCAAGCAAUCUCUUGUUCAAGCCAGCUAGCUCAUUAGGACCACCCACUUCUCAAACCAUCCAAGCACAACCACUAUCCGAAAUAGGCAUAAGGCAACUAACUGAAACCACGGCAAGUGCGGUUGGAGAACUCAAGCGCCUGUUCUUUACAGAGAAAGCUUUUUGGGUUAAGUCGUCUAUCGACGGAACAUGUGUGAUUGAUCAAGAGAGGUAUGAGAAGUUCUCGCAUGCGAUCAAACAUUUCAGGAGCUUGAGUGCUCGCGUCGAGUCUUCCAAAGAUGCCACUGUGGUUUCUAUAGAAGCAACAAAUUUGAUCAAAAUGUUCUUAGAUUCCAAUAUAUUUUAA